CGUGAAAUUGGAUUGGAUAGCUCUUUUGAGACUGGUGCCUGUUCGAUCAGACUGCUUGCCUUCACUUGACAACUUCACCUGCGAUAUCUUUUGCUAUAUAUACCCCUCCCUCCUUCGAUUGUCACCCUCAACUGACAACUCCAAUCCUACCACUCUGCUUUACCCAUACAGCUUCGAGCUAUCUCACCAUGGCUAACAGAUCCAAGUACUAUGUGAGCCGCGCCAGAAUGGAGGUAGAGCUUACUACCCUCAAUGGCUUAGCCUACGACAUGACUGCGCCUGGCCGAUACAACUGCUACGACAAUCUUGUUCUUCCUUUCGCGACAUGGGUGCGAAGAAUACACGACGCGGCUCAUCCAACCGACCGCGGUGACCUGGUUCAAGUCGAUGAGAGUGACUACCUACAGUACCAGCAAUGGCAGUCCAAAUUCAGAGGCUUCGAAACUGAUAUCCAGUCAUACAUCACCAUCGUCGAGCGGGGUGGUCAGCCCUUCCAGGACUCACUCGUAGCGAUCGUACCGCCCGUCGCCGGUCCUCAAGGCGCGGACAUCGACCGAGUUCAAGCAGCACGCCAAUACAAUCAAGCAUGGGGCAACCUAUACCAGGCAUGGGUUGCGGCGGAUCGCACGCGGUCUCCCUUUGAUCAGUUCUCAUUCAUCCGGCUAGUAGCUCACGCUCAUGGGACACGACAGUCCAUCGCCAACCCCGCGCGAUCCCGCGUAGAGUGCAUCAGGGCACUUCGCCACGAGUGGGUGGGCCGGUUCAUUCGCGCACGGCAGACGGUGGUCAUGCCGAGACCCAAACGCAAGCACAACUACGUCUAUGAUAUCAACCCUCCCCCGCCAGCGAAGUCCCUCAAGACAGUGGCAGAGGGUUGGGGUUUUGGCAAGCGAACUCCACCCUCGACCACCAACGAUCCUGCCCCGACGCCCCAGGGUCUGACCCCGGUCAGACCCUCUGGCAUUAUCAACCGAAGAGUCGUCCACAACGGUCUGCAGGAGCAGACGGUUGCAACACGAGUGGAUGCAAGCAACCUCCCAGAGCAGACUGGACGAGCCAGGCUCCGCAUGCUUCUUGGGGAAAGCACCACUACGGAGACCAAGAAGAAGGCUGCCGAGGAGAUGAAGAAGGCCGAUGAGGAGAGGAAGAAGGCUGACGAGGAGGAGAUGAAGAAGAAGGCUGACGAGGAGGAGAUGAAGAAGGCCGAAAAGAAGCCAUUCAAAAUGUCUACUAUCCAGGAGGCCAAAGAUCGGAUUCGUACGCAACGGAGGGUACUAGGAAUAUCCUAUCGCACUCCAUCUCCUGAACGCGCUCCCAGCGGCUCUCAAACUCACGAUCACGCUCCCAGCCGCUCUCCAACCGCCCAACAGGGCACUGGUCGUCCCGCGGAUUACGACGAUGCACAUGUGGUCAUUCGUCGGAAGCGUUAGGCAUAGUGCACACUCGAUGGCAGGUGCAAAGGGGAUACCAAGGUUUUCACUCGUAGGCAUUUGGUAAGCGUAGGCUUUUAUGAAGACGUGGAACAUGAACAAAUUUUGCCAAGCAAAUAUACAUAGGUCAAAUACAAUUUAUGUGGCCUCUCUUCCAUCGGUC